UGCCGCCGCGCAAGAACCGAUGCGCGGAUAUCUUCGGGGAGACGGGUCUUGCUUUCUCGGGAGCAGAGAGGGAACAGGGGAGAGAGAGAGGACAACGAAGACCGAGGAUUGGAUUAGGGCUAGGUUUAGGGUUCGGUUCUGGAAGGGGGAGGUGCAGCGAAGGAGCGUAGCUGGGGGACUGUGGGAAGAAUCAUUGAGAGGUUGUGUAUAUUUAUUAGCUCAAUAUUUUAAUCAGGAGCUCUGGUUUUGUUUGAGUGUUUUGGUGAUUUGAUGUGGGAUUGGUGGAAGUGGGAUCAAAAUUUGGUUUUUGAUUGUCAAUGAAAUAGUUUUGUUGUUGUUUGGGGUUGUGAUGGUUGAGGUUGAUCUUUCUCUCUGUUUUUUUAGUUGUUUUGGUUUGGUGAAUCGAUUGGUGGAAUAGUUUUUGGGUGUGUUUUUUGAGGGAUUUAUGAGGUUGUUGAGGUAAAAGGAGGAACUUUUUUUUGGAUAAUUUGUUGCAAUAUGAGUUGUGGUGAUGAGCAUAAGGAGGGUAGGAAGGAGGGAGAAGAGAACAAGAGGCUUGGGGCUAGCAAAGUGGCAGAUGACUCUGUUGAGGAAGGGAGGCAAUCCUUUGGAUUUAAUGGCACUAAUUCUGUUCCAGUGCUUGAGCUUGAUGAGAAGCUGCUGAUCAAUCCCAGGUUGCUUUAUAUUGGAUCCAAGAUUGGAGAAGGAGCUCAUGGGAAAGUUUAUGAAGGAAAGUAUGGUGAGCAAAUUGUAGCAAUAAAAGUUCUCAAUGGUGGAAAUACUCCUGAAGAAAAAGCUACUCUUGAAAGUCGGUUUAUUCGAGAAGUGAAUAUGAUGUCCAGAGUGAGACAUGAGAACCUUGUCAAGUUUAUUGGAGCUUGCAAGGAUCCAUAUAUGGUAAUUGCUACAGAGCUACUACCUGGAAUGUCAUUAAAAAAGUAUUUGAGUAGCAUUCGUCCGAGACAACUUGAUCUCCAUAUAGCAAUUGGUUAUGCUCUUGACAUUGCUCGUGCAAUGGACUUCUUGCAUGCUAAUGGGAUAAUACAUAGAGACUUGAAACCUGACAAUUUGUUACUCACGGCAAACCAGAAAAAUGUGAAGCUUGUUGACUUUGGGCUUGCAAGAGAAGAAACUGUGACUGAGAUGAUGACAGCUGAAACAGGGACGUACCGAUGGAUGGCUCCUGAGUUAUACAGUACAGUAACACUCCGUCGUGGUGAAAAGAAGCAUUACACCAACAAGGUUGAUGUGUACAGUUUCGGUAUUGUCCUCUGGGAAUUGUUAACCAACCGUAUGCCAUUUGAGGGCAUGUCCAAUUUGCAGGCUGCUUAUGCUGCAGCUUUUAAGCAAGUGAGACCAGUUCUCCCCGAGGACACACCGCAGGAGCUCAUGUUCAUUAUACAGUCAUGCUGGGUUGAGGAUCCGAACAUGAGGCCGAGCUUCAGUCAGAUCAUACGAAUGCUCAACUCAUUCCUCUUCACACUCCCAUCUCCUUCACCAGAACCCGAAGCUGCUCCCUCCGUGCCAAGCAAUAGAGCUGCCAUCACGACUACCUCGUCGCCACGAAACGGUCGUAAGCUUUCUUUCCUUCGGCAGCUCUUUGCAGCAAAGAGGUCAGGCAACAAUAAAACAUGAUCAGAAAAGUUAUGUAUGCUUCCCCAUGUAAAAUGAGAAGCCUUUUAUAGAUCACAACAUUAUGAAAGCAAGCAGAAAAUGUUAGUUAAAAUAGUUGAUGCUGUUUUAGUUACUGCCUGCUUCUAUAGAGUUCUUUAACCAGGAAAACAUUUCCAAUUGUGUGUAUAUAUGUAUAACCCAUCUAAAGUUGUACUAAUCAAACUAAAUUAGAUGAAAAUUUUCAGGCAUCAGUUCUUGUGA